CGUUAUAAGUCUGCGCCGCGCUCAUGCGUCUGUUGUGAUGUAGCUGAAGAAAGAAAAACUCCUGGUGAAGCGAUUGAGAUCCACGUGACGCACUAUUGUAAAGAUGUCAUUUAUUAAAGAGGAAAAUGAAGACAUAAAGAUGGAGUUUAUUAAAGAGGAGAGUGAAGACAUGAAGAUGGCGUUUAUUAAAGAGGAGAGUGAAGACAUGAAGAUUGAAGAAACAUUCAGAGUGAAACAAGAAGAAACUGAGGAACAAACAGACCUAAUGGCACUGAAAGAGGAGACUGAAGUGAAUGAAAUGGAAGAGAAAGAUCAAUAUACGAAUCAUCAUGAUUUCAUAAAUGGAGAAAAAUCUUUCAGUUGCUCACAGCCUGAAAAGACUUCCUCACGAAAAAGAGCUCAAAAGGCAGGGACUAGAAGUCACUUCAUCUGCCAACAGUGUGGAAAGAGUUUUAAUAGAAAAGGAAACCUUAAAGCCCACAUGAGAAUUCAUACUGGAGAGAAACCCUACAUGUGCCUUCAGUGUGGAAAGAGUUUCAGUCAAAAAGGAAACCUUAAAGCCCACAUGAGAAUUCACACUGGAGAGAAGCCUUUCACCUGCCAACAGUGUGGAAACAGAUUCACUCUAGAAGGAAGUCUAAACAGGCACAUGAGAAUUCACACUAGAGAGAAACCCUACACAUGCCAUCAGUGUGGAAAGAGUUUUGAUCAACUUGGAAAACUUAAAGUCCACAUGAGAAUUCACACGGGAGAGAAACCCUAUGUAUGCUCACAGUGUGGAAAGAGUUUCAAUGAAAAAGGACACUUUGAAGACCACAUAAGAAUUCACAGUGGAGAGAAGCCUUUCACCUGCAAACAAUGUGGAAAAAGUUUCAACCAAAAUAGAAACCUAUGCAGGCACAUGAGAACUCAUGCUAGAGAGAAGCUUUAUACAUGCCAUAAGUGUGGAAAGACUUUUGAUCAACAUGAAAUACUUAAAGGCCACAUGAGAAUUCACACUGGAGAGAAACCCUACCCUUGCCCUCAGUGUGGAAAGAGUUUCAAUCAAAAAGGAAGCCUUAAUAGACACAUGAGAAUUCAUACUGGAGAGAAGCCUUUCACAUGCUCUCAGUGUGGAAAGAGUUUUAAUAAAAAAAGACACCUUAAUCUCCACAUGAGAAUUCACUCUGGUGUGAAACCCUACUUGUGCUUUCAGUGUGGAAAGAGUUUCAAUCAAGUAGGACACUUUGAAGACCACAUAAGAAUUCACACUGUAGAGAAGCCUUUCACCUGCAAACAAUGUGGAAAAAGUUUUAGCCAAAAAGGACUUCUUACCAGACACACAAGAAUUCACACUGGAGAGAAGCCAUUUAAGUGUUGUCACUGUGAAAAGACUUUCAGAUAUAAAGAAACACUUAAUUACCAUGAGGAUUCGUGUAUGAUAUAACUGUUUUAUGCCAUCAGUGUAGAAUGAGUUUCACUGACAGAAAUCAUCUUAGAAAUCAUGUAACAACACCAGAGAAUAGCCUUUUAUGAGCCGUCACUGUGGAAAGACUUGCAGAAAUAAAGCAAACCUUGAGGUUCACAUAUACCUGA